AUGCUCGUCAAUUUACUAAAACUCUGGAUGCAGAAACGGAAGAUGAUGUGGGCAGCCAAAGAAUUCCGCAACUAUGGGCGCCCGAAGAAACGAGAUAAGUUCCGCAAGAAGUUCUCUUGGUUGUAUCCGCCAUGGCGCGAAGAGUUUACGCCGAAGAACAACUACGAUCUGGUCUUCGUGCCUGGCAGCAAACAGCGUAUAACCGCGAUGGCCAUACUUGAUCUUAUUCUUCUACAAGCAUUCGCACUACUCGUCUUUUUCACCUAUGGAUUCAAAUAUGCGCAGCGCCCCGAUCAAGUCGGUAUCUGGACGGCCGUUUUCUUCUGUAUGAUAUCAUCCUUUGCCUUCUACUUCAAAGGCUUGAUGAAGUGGGUCGUGAUCAUCGCCUGGCGACUUUUCGCCGGCAAUAUGCGUUCUUUGUUGCUGCUAAUUCUGCUGGCCGUUGCGAUCGAGCGCAAUCUCGGCAACGCGAUCGAAAAUGUGCAAAGUCUAUCGGAGGGCGCGGUGUGCGUUCAGGGCAAAUUUGCUGAUACCCGGCAAAAGAUGGUUCAGAAGAUGCAGGGGGCGAUGAAUAUGCUUGAAACACCCGAACUGCAGGAAAAGUGGCAAAACUUUAUGCGCACCUACAAGAAUAUGGGCAAGAAGAUACGUGACCAAUAUCGAUCUCUACAAAGCUUUGCCAACUCGAUCAACCGCAUGUUUGCUUCGUUGAGCGCCGUGACUGAGAAAUGCAACGGUCUUUUCGAAGGCCCAUCGAGAAAGUGCUAUGAAGUGAUGCAUGAUCUACAUACGAGCUGUCAUUCUUGGGAUCCAUUCGGCACUGGCGUCUGCGGCGGCAUUGUACACCUUAAUAAGCUCUGCGACUUCGGCUCUUUCAUCGGUGACAGCUUUUGCAGGUUUCCCGAAUCAGCUAAAACAUGGAUCAUCGAUAAUGCUUUGGGAGCGGUGAUGGAAACUGCAAAGAACGGCAUCCAAAAGUUGGCCGAGAGCCCUGCAUAUCACUGGACCCUUUACGCUGUAGACAGCUUGACGGGCAUCGGCACUAUUGGUUUUGAUGUGAAGCUUCAACGGCGAAACUACACACAGUUCAGAGCAGCCAAAAGUUUAAUCGUCGGUAACAUUGAGGCAGAACUGGGCGGCUAUCUCAGUGGAUUUGCGGUUGUUCAAAAAUUUCUAAAUCAGGUGCUUGUCUGGACAUUGGUGGUCUUCGUUGGUUUGUCAAUCUACGCCAUCACCAUGUAUAACACGCACAGUGCUGCCCACAAUAUCUAUUUGACGAAGGCGUUUUACAAACUGGACCAAGCACGGAUAAUUGACGGCGAGGGAAGUAUCUUCCCAUUGAUUGGCGAAGAAAAGGAAAAGUACUACUCCAUCUUUUCACUGAAAACCACGCUUCUCGAGGCGGCAAAACGACUGGCGCACGUCGUCAUCACCAUCGUCUACGGGCAUUCGCAUUACAAAGAUUUUUUUAUUGCUGUCCUAGCUUUCUGCCGC